UCUAAUUCGAUCUCUCUUACUGAAACAACAGAGAAGUAAAGAUUUCGAGCUUGUUCCCGACGAGUUUGUUCCUGAUUCACCUUCCUCUGUUCGUCAAUCUCCUAACUUCAAAGAAUAUAGUGCCAGUUACACAAGCAAGUGGCAGAGGUGGUCGGAGGAACUUUGCUUCAAGUACCUCUUAUCAAGACGACAUUCUCAAUCAUCAGUCAAACUAGCUCUUUGAUCUCUCCGGCGAGAUUCCGACCGAAAACAAAGUAAAAGUGAGAAGAACAUUUCUGAAAAAAGAUGAACACGAUAGCGAAGCGAGUUACGGGAUUCAUGACUCAGAACCACCAGUUGCAGCAGGAGCGAGGGAUAAGAGUGAAGGUGUUUUCCAAUGAUCUGGACAAAGCAUUGACGAUUUUGCAGAAGAAGAUGCAAUCUAGUGGAAUGGAGAGGCUUAUCAAAGGGACUCAGACUCAUCACAUUAAGAAUUCGGAGAAGAAGGUUCUCGCUAGGAAGAAUCUUGAACGCAGAAUCAAAUCCAUUGACUUUGCUCGCAAACUUCAAUCAAUCCUCAUCAAGAAAGUCAGGUAA